UUUUCUUCCGCUAGAAUGUGCGCUGGCGCUGGUCUGUGCAGGCUAUUUUGUUAACGUUAGUUAUUUUAUUUUCUUGAAUUUAACUGAAUUUGAUGUUGCAGCUGUCAAUAGGUAUUUUCUUCAGUGUAAGACCACGAGGAUCUUGUUCAUUGAGGCUUUGAAAACGGGAAGGUUUACAAAGGAAACUACAGUGCAGCGUUAGCUGUCCAGUUGGGUAGUGCUAGGUAGGUAACGUUCAGUCCUACUAACAGUCUCUUGUUAUCGUUCAUCUAUCGACACAACGUUUAGCACCAUUUUAUCUGAAAUGCUGAUAUUGCGCCCCGACAUGAACAUUUUGACUGCAUUUUACAUUGUGUUUAUCCGGAUCUGUUGAACACCAUCUCAGCAACGCACUGCUAGCUGGCUAACGGAGUUAGAGCAGUAUCAACCUCGCCUAGCUAGCUAACGUUACUUCACCAUGAGCACGAAACGGGCCAAUUGUGGAGGCAUAGGAACUCAUUCACCAUCAAGUUCCAACUCAACAGGCAGUGGUGUCUGUCGCAAGCAGAACACAGGCACUACUAUGCAGUCCGGUGGCGGCUUCACCUUUGAGCCGAAGGGCGAAAGAGCUGGAUGCGAAUCCAGUGUCUCCAUCUCAUCAUUGAAAAACCGUCUCGCCCCAACCAUACGGAACACUCUCGCCGCUGCGGUGGACACACUUCUCGGUGAGAUGGUUCUCGUGUUAACCGAGACGCAGCAAGACCUGGUGUCUAAGGAGCAAGAAAACGAGAGACUUAAAGUACGACUUGAGGUGUCAGAGAGAGAGAUGAAGACGCUUCAAGAUUGUUUGUGCAGCGCCCAGAAACUCAUCGACCAACUCCAAGGUCCCUUUGGUGGGACCCCCAAUUACGGGCAACAGUUUUAUCCCACCUCUCCUCCGGGGUCUCUUAAUCCUGGACUUGACAGGUCCCGAAUGGGACAUCGGAUGCCGAACGGGCCCGAUGCUCGUUGUUAUGGUGUUGAACCAGACUACGGAGGUAACAUAGGUGAUGCUUCAAUGGGAUACGAUUCCCGGGACGACUACAAGAACUGCCAUCUGUCCAUUCAAGCGGAUGGUACCGUAACCAAUCACAUGUUUGACUCCAUGACGGUAAACUCUCAAGGAAUGUCAUCAGAACUCCACAGGCCAGAUGUUGGAGUGGAGGUGAGGAGACACCCUGAGGGGCCAGGCCUGGGCCCCCUGCCCCCAUCUGGCCACCGGCUGACGGUGAAGGAGGAGCAGGGUCAGGCCUCGGGCCCACUAUGUCGCCGGGGAGGCCGGGAGCCAGGCUCUGGAACUGGGGCACCGGGAGGGGGUGAGACGGAGCAGACCGCUCAGAGUGUUGGUGAGCUGGGCUGCAUCCACGUGGUGGAGGAGGAGGGCGGGAGUGGCGGUGGAGGCGCACGCCGCGGCUACCCGCAGACGCACCCACCUCAGCCCGGUCCUCACAACGAGGCCUCCACCAGCGCCGGCCAACGCGGCCACGCCGGGCUCAGGAGCGCCCAGAAGACGACGACGACCACGCAGACCACGCCGACCCGGGGGUCGCCCGGGACGGCGACGGGGGGGCACGGAGGGAGCACGCCGGGCCGCUCGUCUCUCGGGGAGCGAAGCGAGGACGGGAUGGGGGCCAGCGCCGCCGGGGCGAUGACGGGGACGAACGCGGACGGCGGCGACCGCCCGCACCUGUGCCUGGAGUGCGGCAAGACGUUCCGGCUCAUCUCCAGCCUGAAGAAGCACGUGCGCAUCCACACGGGCGAGAAGCCGUACCCGUGCGGCGUGUGCGGCCGGCGCUUCCGCGAGUCGGGCGCGCUCAAGACGCACCUGCGCAUCCACACGGGCGAGAAGCCGUACGCCUGCUCGGAGUGCGGCACGCGCUUCCGCCACCUGGACGGCCUGCGCAAGCACCGGCGCACGCACACCGGCGAGAAGCCGUACGUGUGCGCCAUCUGCGGCAAGCGGCUCAGCCGCCUGCAGCACCUCAAGCACCACCAGCGCAUCCACACCGGCGAGCGGCCGUGCGUCUGCCCCUGCUGCCACUGCAGCUUCAAGGACCCCGCCAGCCUCCGCAAGCACCUCCGCACCAGCCACCCGGGGGACCCCGCCGCCGCCACCGUCACCGCCACCCAGGACGGGCCGCUCGGCGGCGGGUUCAAGGAGGACCCCGAGGGGGGUGCUGCUGGUGGUGGCGGUGGAGGCGGUGGCGGGGGUGGGGGCGGUGGGGCAGGAGGGGAGGACGACCCUCUCCAGGGCUCCAUCGGCUCGUCCCCGGGGGCGGCCAUGCGGUUUGGGAUGUGGGGCGAGGAGGAGGAGCAGGAUGAGGAAGAGCAGCCGGUGGUGGACUGUGUGUGAGGAGGCAGGGUUUGGGCUCCAUAGUCCGUACGCGCAAACACACACCUGCACUGAUGUGCAGAUAUGUGUAUGUGAUGUCAAUUUUGAAUCAGUGGACAGGCACCUUGUUCCAUGUAUGUAUGUAUAUUCGUGUGUGUGUGUGUGUGUGUGUGUGAGCUUGCUUUAGUAUUUAUCCUACUUUAGCACCUUAAUGAUUGGGUCAGACUGUAAACUCUCCCAGUUAUCUCCUGGGCCUUUGUAUUAGCGGUAACUUGGGUGGUUUAUGACGGCCCACUAAGCAUAUUUCACCCUCUGGGAGUGAAAAUGUUACGUAACCAGCUUCUUAUUUUUGUUCUCAGUGAAAUGUGUUCAUGUCAUGCAAAUCAUAAUAACCAUCAUGAUGUUUUCGUCCAGCUCAAUCAUGGCUUUGUAAAAAAGAUCUCAAUACACAUUGUAAAUAUGGUUUUGUUCUCAGAUUAUCUGAGCAGGGAAAGUUUCUGUUGUGGAAAUUUGCCAAAUUUAUGGAAGAGAAAUGAGAAGGUGAUAUCUGCCAAAGUAUUUUUUAAUGUUGGCUUAAAAGCUGUGCAGUUGGGUCUCCCAACAUUGUAAGCACAAUAAAUGUUAAACAUUGAAAAUGAAUUCAUGCCUUCCUUGUCAGCAGUUCAGAGACUGUAGAUGUUUGGUUAUAAACUGGCACAAUUGUGUUAGAAUGUCAAGAGGGAUGUUCAUGCUCCUGUAAUUUAGCAAAAUUUGGACCCUCAUUUCCCACUGGCAAUUAAGGCUGUUUUCAUAUUUAGUCCAUUUUGUUGGUCCAAACUCGAGUGCAAUUAUCCCCCCCUUCCCCCCAUUUCCUACCCCCUGGUCUCCUUUCACAUGACAUUUUUUGGCUGUGAACCAAGGUCUGUAUAUGUCACCGUAAGGAAUGCACAGCUUUUAUUUACUAAUGUUGCUUGGCAACAAAACAAGGGACAAAAAAAAUGGAAAGCGUCACUUCUCUCCUUCAUUGAGAUGCUUGGAGGUACCACUUACUAUGCAUCAUAAUUUAGCAUUUUGCCUUUACUUGGUACCUUCUCAUUGAACAGUGAUAUAUUUACUGGAGGAAAAUUUAGAUCUAUCGGUGGUCAUCUGACUGCAUUUACAUGCACUUUAGUAUCCCGGUUACGAUUGGGGUUUUGAAGUAUCCCGGUUACGUAUUUGCACAUGUAAACAUCAUACUACGAUUUCGGAACCCCGGAUAAGCCCUUAUCCGGUUACGAAUAUCCCGGUUAUGCUAGGUGGUGUACUCCUAGAGAAACCAGAAUACUAUAUACUGUAUGAUCAAAAUCGGGAUAAGCCUCAUAACCGGGAUACUAAAGUGCAUGUAAAUGCAGUGACUAUUACCUCUCGGAUUUAAAUUCGCUAGAUUUCGCACCAAAUACAUACGUAGCCUAGAUCUCUGUCUGGGAUCCCUACAUCCCACUUCUUUCACCCUGAAGGAAGCGAUCCAAUAGCUGAAGUGAGCCUUUGUCUGCACCAAAAUCUGUUGUGAGAAAGCAGCCGCCUCAGCGUGUGAAUAAUUAAUGUGAGGUGUGAAUGCAUCUGCCCAGAAAUGCAUUCAUGAACAUAUGCAUUUGUGUUCAUGGUGAAGCUUUCAUUUGCGUGCGUGCGUGCGUGCGUGCGUGCGUGAGUGCGUGAGUGUGUGUAUGUGUGUGUGUCUGCAUGCAUGUUGUGAUGCAGCCACUGAGAGUAAUGUGCCUGUAAGAGUGUCCAAGAGAUCAGUGUUCCUCUCCCUGUAAAUUGCCUUAAACUCAAUCCGGUCGUCUGGUACCUGCACAUAUUAACUACAAAAAAACAUUUAUUUACUUGACAUUGAACCAUCCUUUUAGUAGCCCAAGCAACUUACCCCUGUCGCAUGGAUUACAGAUAUAAAGAAUACAGUGGAUGGAGCUUCUGUUCUACUUAUACACCUUUUCAGAUCGUAUUCAACCAGCAGAAUGCCGUUUUCACCACAUUGUUUUGUUUUCCCUGCUGUGAGCAGAUUGCUCCGUUUUGAUUGUCAUCAUAUGAAUUUGGAUCCACCUGUCGGAAAACUCUCCUGAUUGAUAUGAAGGCAUUGACCUCUUCUGCUGGGUUUCUCCUGUAUGUUACUAUCACGUGGAAGUAGUACAUCACUCUGAAUAAUCAUAAGCACCAACUUCAUUUUCAAGGGUUGACAGGGUGUUUUUAAGAUUGAAGACUGUUUCUUCAGUGGGUGAAUAUAUUGUACUAUAAUACAUACUCUUCACAAAAAUAACUGCUAUGGGUAACUUCAGCCGAAUGGAGGCAUACAUUUUUUCUAGGUGUUUUUUGGUCCUUAAUAUAGCUACACACUGUUCAUCGUAAAGUAGUGCUUUGGACUGGAGGGAGAUGUAGCAGACACAAUUAUACAGGGUAAUGUUUUAAUCCUUGGGUUAACAUUCUUUACUAAGUACUCAUUGUUAAAGCAGCCAUCAAAGAGCUUGCUUCAAGCUAUUAGCUCACUGAAUCGGAUAUGCAUGGCAUGUAAAGUGUGUGAAACUUAGGCCUUUGCUAUACUUUGAUACCAAAUGUUUGCCGUUACUAGUCAUUUCACACUGUUAGUGUUGGACAAGCUGGACUGUUUUCUUUUAUUCUGAUGCUUUCAUAAUGAUUUGUUUAAAAAGUGCAUACAUUUGAGCAGUAAAAUAUAAAAAGCCA